GUAUCGUACAAUACUUCAAGUGAAGAAUCCAUACAAAAAAUAUGAAUUCAGUUACCACGAUUUCCAGUAUUUUGACCCAUUUGCGACAGCCAAGUUAUGUGACACGUGGUUAGUGGCGACCCAGGCGACGUGGGAGGGAAUUGUUCGACCAUUCAGAGACAGUUUCUCCAAAGGUCUUCGAUUCACAGCCUCCCUCAUCACACGCUAGAGGGCAGUGACUGCCUGGCCUGGCAGUGGUCUGUUCGGCACUCAGCAGUGGUAUUGUGUGAAAAUGGAGUCGUACGAAAGUGUGUUGCUCGUGAAAUCUGAAACAAUGGUAUACAAAAUCCCACCGAGAACAACGAAUAGAGGGCACAGGGCAGCUGACUGGAAUCUGAAUGAACCUCAUUGGGUUGGCAGGUUGCGGUUGGUCUCAAAAGGAAAAGAUUGUGUUUUGAAGCUAGAGGACAAGACAACAGGAGAACUUUUUGCAAAAUGUCCUAUAGAUCAAUACCCAGGCCUUGCCAUAGAAUCAGUAACAGACUCAUCUCGAUAUUUUGUCAUUAGGAUUCAAGAUGAUGGAGGAAGGUCAGCUUUCAUUGGAUUGGGAUUUGCUGAUCGCUCUGAUAGUUUUGAUCUCAAUGUUGCUUUGCAAGACCACUUUAAAUGGCUGAAAAAGUCAGAAGAAAUAGAAAAAGAAAAGGAAGAACCUAAACAAGAACUGGAUUUGCGAUUUAAAGAAGGAGAAACCAUUAAAAUAAAUAUGAAAAUAACUAAGAAAGAUGGAAGCGAAGUUGUGAGCAGACCCAAAACAAAGACCAAUACCAGUACCGGAAUAUUACCUCCUCCUCCAGGCGGUGUGAAAAUAGCACCUCCUCCAGCAGGGAGCUCCAAGAACUCUCCUGCAACCACACCGUCUCACAGUGCACAGUUACCCGUUGCUGGUAGUGCCAAUCUGCUUUUUGAUGCAGGGCAAGCAGAAGCCUCUGGUGCAUCUGGGGGAGCCUCCCCAGUGCAACCCAGAAGUGGAACUGGAGAAUCGUGGGGAGAUUUCACAAGCGCAAGAUCUACAACUCCUGCAGCUCAACCAAGUGCCCCACCUGCUAAUUCCAAUUGGGUGCAGUUCUGAAGAGGAAGCAUAUUGUUAAUCCUUUUUAAGUUGAAAUAUGUAUGAUGUAUUAGUUAAAGUGUUUAGACCAACAUCAAUAAAAUAUGUUGGUUUGAGAAUCAUGUUGAUUACUGUUGCAGAGCAGUGAUUCUGUAAAACUUAAAAUAGUCUAAAAAUGUUACAAUAUAUAUUUCGAAAGAUAAAUAUAGAUAUAUUGUUAAAUAUAUGUACUAUAUUGUGUGUUAUACAGGAAGUGAUUUAUGUGACAGAAUGUAGAAAUGAGUAACCUGUGAUCUUUGAGAUUCAAAUUGAUUUAAAUUUGGCCAUCAAUUAGAACUUCAAUGUGAAUAAAAAUGAAAAUCAAAUAUAGAAAUCUUAUUACAAUCGAUUGUUAUAUGUAAGGUUGCAGUGGCAUUGGUAAAGGAUUUUACAUGUUUCAUAAGACUAAUUAAAGCUCCAGGUGUAUUAAUUGUAACAUAUUGAGAUUAGAAAUUCUAAUACAAUGUCACUUAAGAUGAGUAACUGCAGCUGUUGGAUAGUGCUUGAAAUAAUAGAAAGUUGAUAUUUUAUUGGCAGAUAUAUUGGUAAAUCAAAAUUCCCUGUAAAUACUUAAUUUUUCAAGCCUAAUCUUAAAUCAAAAAAUUAUGUAUUAUAUAAUGAGUAGAUUAUUUGCAAUUGAAAUUUACUGAAUAUAUCACCAAAGAAAUCUCAUAGUGUUUAGUGAGAAGUUGCUGAAGAAGUACUUCUUAGCAAAGUUGACAGAUGACAAAUGUGAAUGACAACAAUAAAUUUAAUUUGAGAACAUUGCAUAGUACACGUACAGUCGUCACAUUGUGCAUGAUCGAUCAGUUCAUAUACAUUAACAUAUAUUGUUCCAGGCACAUACUGUGUAAGGUAAUUUUUAAUAUAGACAGUUUUACACUAUUUUGCAUUAAUUGGUUUUUAAGUGUAGCGUAAGGUCAAAUAAAAAAUCAUGAGACAUAACUGCUUAAAACUGACCUGCAUUAGAGACAUCCUUGGAUCAAGGCAGCCUUAGAUUUAUUUAUCAGUACUUAAGUGUGUACAAACUAGAUUAGCAAUGUCAAUUGCAGUAUUAGGAGAUUCAUGUCAAAGAAAACAUGAGAAAAGAGAUUUUUCAUUUCCUAUAUUAAUGAAUAUUGAGGGUAAGUAUAUUAAUGUGCAUGUACAUGAUGCACUGCAACUUUUCAGUUGAUUCACUCAUGCUUUCACUGGUAAUAUUUUUAGUUUUUUUUUUCUUUUUUUUGGAUUUGUACAUUGCUAUCUAAUGUGGUAUUUGUUGUCAUGUCAGUUUAAUGUGUUUAUCAAUGUUUUUUAAGAAUUAUCAAUGUCUUCACUAUAUAUUGUCUCUUUCAAGUAGACUAUUUAAUUUUUUCUAAUUAUGUUGUAAUUGUUUUCACUGUGUGCUUGCAUGAAUGUAUUUUGGAAUUAGCAAAGGAUAAAUGCUAACACUGGAAACAUAGAUUGGCCUAACCUACGUGUUGAGCUGCUAGUUGGAAGCUGAUCUAUAAAUUCACAUUCCAUUUGAGUGUGUUCUGGUAUAAAUUGCAGUGUAAAACAAGUUUGAAGAAAGUUACUCUUAAGACAAUGUAUUGUGUAUUAUAUAUUUCUAUAAUUAUAAAAAUUAGGGAAUUUAUAUAUUUUGUUGCAUACUACUUGUAUCCCUAUUUUUUAAGAUUAAAGACUUGUUUCCUGAAUGCUGGUUUAUUGUUCAUAUCACAGGAAGUUUAAAUCCAGAUUUGAAAAAUAUAUCUAUCUCCUGUGGAGAGUAGGAUUUUCCUGCUGAAUAAAAAAAUAGGUUAGAAAGAAAGGUCAAAGAACGAAUUCAAUUUUUUCAAUGUAAAAUUUACAUGAUUGCAAGAAUUAAUCAAAGCAAUGCAAUGAUACAAGGUGGACAAGAUCAAUUUAUUAGAUCUCAAAGAUUAUGGAUCAAUGGUCAGCUGUAUCAAAAAUUAAUAAAAUAAAGUUAAAUUAAUAACUUUCACCAUGAUGUUUAACACUCCAAAAAGAAAGCCAAGAGGGAAAUAAAGCUAUGUAUUUUGAGAGUACAGCUGAAUAAAAAAGAUUGCAGAAUGAAGAAAAAAAAGAAUAGAUAGUAAUAUUACUUGGUAACAGGCUUAAUACAUACAAAAAUUAAAUGCCAUUUUGUAUUUACACAAGUCACGGUCCACAGCCACUAAUGGGUGUUUUGAAAGAACUGCUUAAAUCAUCAAUACAAUGAAGUUAUGUAGAUUUAUUUUGUAACAGCAGCAAAACUGCUGUUGAAAAAUAAACACGAAACUUUUCAUAAAAGUAGCAUGCACACUGCUCUAGUACAACAAAUUCUUCCUAUUAUCCUAUAAUAAAAUAAAUAUUUUAACCAAAACAGUCAUUAUGAUUGCUGUAAUAACAUAGUAUAGUAUAUAGAAUGACAGUUUGUUUCAUACUAAGAUAUUUAAAGCUGUGUUGCAUAAUGCAUCAUGUAAAUAGUAAAUACUUAAUGGUAGAUCUUUCUUGGAGCCUUGCUGUCACAUCAUAGCUGGGUCAUAUGCAAUGACACACUGAGUACGAGAAUUAAGUUGAUAUGUGCAGUACAACAGUAGGUGAAAUAAUACCAUUAAAUAUUUGUAUUUUUAUUCAAAACUGAAACACUUUUUUGUUGUUUUUUCCUUCUCAAGUUCUUGGGAGGCUCCAAAGUUCUCUUUCAAUUUCUGCAUAUGUUCGAAAGUACUAACAAAGAAAUUUUUGUACUUUUCCCAGAGUUCCAGGGUAAUUAAUGAAACCGAAGCCAUAUA